AUGGCGUCGAUCGACGCGCAGCUGCGGAUGCUGGCGCCGGCGAAGCUGUCGGAGGACGACAAGCUGGUGGAGUACGACGCCCUCCUCCUCGACCGCUUCCUCGACAUCCUCCAGGACCUCCACGGCGAGGAUCUCCGUGAGCUGGUACAAGAGUGCUAUGAGAUAGCUGCCGAGUAUGAAAGGAAGCAUGACUCAGAAAAGCUCGAUGAACUUGGCGACAUGUUGACCAGUUUGGAUCCUGGUGAUUCGAUUGUAAUGGCGAAAGCAUUCUCACAUAUGCUUAAUUUGGCCAACUUGGCUGAGGAAGUCCAGAUUGCUUAUCGGAGGAGAAUCAAGCUCAAGAAGGGGGACUUUGCUGAUGAGAACUCAGCACUGACUGAAUCUGACAUUGAGGAAACUUUUAAGCGGCUCGUAGUUGACCUUAAGAAGUCACCAGCUGAGGUUUUUGAUGCUCUGAAGAGUCAGACUGUUGACCUGGUUUUGACUGCACAUCCAACCCAGUCAGUGAGGAGAUCACUGCUACAGAAGCAUUCACGGAUAAGGAAUUGUUUGGUUCAACUGUGCUCUAAGGACAUCACACCAGAUGACAAACAGGAGCUUGAUGAGGCUCUCCAGAGGGAGAUCCAGGCAGCCUUCAGAACUGAUGAGAUCAGAAGAACCCAGCCUACUCCACAAGAUGAAAUGCGGGCUGGUAUGAGUUACUUCCAUGAAACAAUAUGGAAAGGUGUUCCAAAGUUUUUACGCCGUGUGGAUACUGCCUUGAAGAACAUUGGAAUUGAUGAGCGUGUGCCCUAUAAUGCCCCUCUCAUUCAGUUCUCUUCUUGGAUGGGAGGAGAUCGUGAUGGAAAUCCAAGAGUGACACCAGAGGUUACAAGGGAUGUCUGUUUGCUUGCCAGAAUGAUGGCUGCAAAUUUGUAUUGCUCACAGAUUGAGGAUCUCAUGUUCGAGUUGUCUAUGUGGCGGUGCAAUGAUGAGCUUCGGGCACGAGCAGAUGAGUUACAUCGCUCGUCAAAGAAAGAUGCAAAGCACUAUAUAGAGUUCUGGAAGAAGGUUCCUCCGAGUGAGCCAUAUCGGGUUAUACUUGGUGAUUUGAGAGACAAGCUUUACAAUACACGUGAGCGGGCAUGCCAGUUGUUAUCCAGUGGAUAUUCUGACAUUCCUGAAGAAUCUACUGUCACAAACGUUGAGCAGUUCUUAGAGCCUUUGGAGCUAUGCUACAGGUCUCUCUGUGCUUGUGGUGACCGUGUAAUUGCUGAUGGAAGCCUUCUUGAUUUCUUGCGCCAAGUUUCUACCUUUGGGUUGUGCCUUGUGAGGCUUGACAUAAGGCAGGAAUCUGAUAGGCACACUGAUGUCCUUGAUGCUAUUACCACCUACUUAGGAAUAGGGUCAUACCGUGAGUGGUCUGAGGAACGCCGUCAGGAGUGGCUUUUGUCUGAACUCAAUGGGAAGCGUCCAUUGUUUGGUCCAGACCUUCCCACUACUGAUGAGAUUGCUGAUGUCCUAGACACAUUCCGUGUGAUAGCUGAACUUCCUGCGGACAACUUUGGAGCAUACAUUAUUUCUAUGGCAACAGCUCCAUCUGAUGUUCUUGCUGUUGAGCUUCUCCAGCGUGAAUGUCAUGUGAAGACACCACUUAGAGUUGUCCCACUGUUUGAGAAGUUGGCUGAUCUUGAAGGUGCCCCAGCUGCAUUGGCCAGACUGUUCUCAGUGGAUUGGUAUAGAGAAAGGAUUAAUGGCAAACAGGAGGUCAUGAUUGGCUACUCAGACUCAGGUAAGGAUGCUGGUCGUCUCUCAGCAGCUUGGCAGCUGUACAAGGCUCAGGAGGAGCUUAUCAAAGUCGCUAAGCAAUUUGGGGUGAAGUUGACCAUGUUCCAUGGGCGAGGUGGUACUGUUGGAAGAGGUGGAGGCCCCACUCAUCUUGCCAUUUUAUCUCAGCCACCGGACACAAUCCAUGGAUCCCUCAGGGUCACUGUUCAGGGGGAAGUCAUUGAACAGUCCUUUGGUGAGGAGCACCUGUGUUUCAGGACACUGCAGCGUUUCACGUCUGCUACUCUUGAGCAUGGCAUGCAUCCACCAAUUUCCCCAAAACCUGAAUGGCGUGCUCUGCUUGAUGAGAUGGCUGUUGUGGCAACAAAGGAAUAUCGGUCCAUUGUCUUCCAAGAACCACGCUUUGUCGAGUAUUUCCGCCUUGCAACACCUGAAAUGGAGUAUGGAAGGAUGAACAUAGGGAGCAGACCAUCCAAGAGAAAACCAAGUGGUGGGAUUGAGUCUCUACGUGCCAUUCCAUGGAUCUUUGCAUGGACACAGACACGCUUCCACCUCCCUGUCUGGCUCGGUUUUGGGGCUGCCUUCAGGCACAUCCUGGAAAAGGACAUUAGGAACCUCCACAUGCUUCAGGAGAUGUACAAUGAGUGGCCAUUCUUCAGGGUGACAAUUGAUCUAGUUGAGAUGGUAUUCGCCAAGGGUGACCCAGGCAUCGCUGCCUUGUACGAUAAACUCCUUGUUUCUUCAGAGCUCUGGCCUCUUGGGGACAAGCUGAGGGCAAAUUAUGAAGAGACCAAACGUCUUCUCCUUCAGGUUGCUGGACACAAGGAUCUUCUUGAAGGGGAUUUAUACCUGAAGCAGCGUCUCCGCCUCCGUGACGCGUACAUCACCACACUGAAUGUCUGCCAAGCCUACACGAUGAAGCGCAUCCGUGACCCAGAUUACCAUGUCACACUGCGGCCCCACCUGUCCAAGGAAAUCAUGGACUGGAACAAGCCUGCUGCAGAGCUCGUGAAGCUGAACCCGACCAGCGAGUAUGCGCCGGGGCUGGAGGACACCCUCAUCCUUACCAUGAAGGGCAUUGCUGCUGGGAUGCAGAACACUGGUUAA